UUAAUGCUACCAAUUUAUCAUUUUUUCUCUCAUCCAUUGUGUAAAGUAUUAUCUACUAUCAAAAUGAACUUUGAAUAUUGUGUCCAGUUUGCAAAUUAUUUGAAUAUUAUUCGCAAACCUUCAAUCAACUCGCAUCACAUCAUAUUAGGAUGAUGCUCUAUUAUUUACGAAAUCCACCAUGAAUUUUUGGAAAACAGUUCAGAAACAAAUUUACAGUAUCAUUUCUCGAAAGUAUUACGUAAUUUGUUUUGUAUUUCUAGUGCUGACAACGCUACUAUCUCUGGUUCACAUUGGCGAAGUAUGGCUGAAACGAUCAUGGUCGAUAACAGACGAACAGUGGUUCAACCAAUUUAUGCACAACAUUGGCAACCAAAAACUUCACAGCAACCUGACCCAAUACCUACCCAUCGAUGUGGUCUAUACCUGGGUCAAUGGAUCAGACCCCUUGUUCAGAACCCAGUUAGCUGACUACAAGAAAAAUUUGUCACUAAAGGCAUCAGAUGAAUGUCCAUUCGCCAACUGUUUGCCUUCCAACUUCAUUUCUACCAAACUUACAACAGGAGCCGACAGUUUGAAAGGUUACAGUGAAUUCAAAAUUGUAAGCUCUAAAACGUCCACUGAUAUUUGGAAGCUGGUUGCUUUGGACUCCCCGGAGUCGGUUGUUAAUAGAAUGAGGGAUGCCGAAGGAGAUAUUUAUCAGGUUCAUUGGACUACAGAUAGUAGUUUGGCAAAUAUUUACCAUCCAAAUAAUACAAUCAUUUUUCAAGUGCCAUGCAGUCACAUGCAUAAAAUCAGCAGAUCUCUUCUGAGGACUUGGUUCAGAGACAGUGUGAAAGGAUUUUGGGUUUACAAGAAAGUAUGCAAAGUAGUUGUGCAAUUGAAAAUUGAUACAAUGCUUAUUUUAAAGGGAAAACCAUGGUUAAUGCUGCAUGUGGAUGGAAUGCAUUUGAACAUAACGGCUGUACAUCAGAUACUUGAACUGCCAUCUAAGUUCAAAAGCACCGACUAUCAAGCUUCUAGAUAUGAUGACAAAGAGGAACUGAGAUAUUCGUUGAGAUCUCUAGAAAUGUAUGCACCCUGGGUGAGAAAAGUCUACCUGGUUACCAACGGACAAAUCCCAAAUUGGUUGGAGCUGGAAAAUCCUAAACUAUCUGUGAUCACUCACCGCAUGAUUUUCCCCAACAAAAGUCAUCUGCCUACGUUCAGUAGUCCGGCUAUUGAAGCUCAUCUGCACAGAAUACCAGGCUUAUCUCAGAAGUUCCUGUACCUGAAUGACGAUAUACUUCUCGGUGAUCAUAUUCUACCUGAAGAUUUUAUUUCACCCCGAGAGGGACAGAAGGUGUACCUAUCAUGGCCGAUACCCGACUGCGUUGCCUCAUGCCCAUGGUCAUGGGUGGGUGAUGGAGUGUGUGACCCCCAGUGCAACCAUAGUGGGGCAUGCGCUCAUGAUGGCGGUGACUGUCUCCCGUCUGCGGUGGGUGAUGGAUCUGUGUUUCAUGAUCAGGGUGGAGCCCUUAUGGGUGAUGAGGCAGUGGGUGAUCAGGGUGGGGCUCAUGAGGAUGAGUACGAAGUUGUGGCUGGGGAGGGACAGGGGAGGAGGAAGAGGGGUGUGGGAGGAGGAGGAGGAGGUGAAGGAAGAGGAGGUGAUGGUAAAGUUGGUUUUGAAGGUUGUGGAGAAGGAGGAGGAGGAGGAGGAGAAGAUGUUUUAAAAGCAGUAAGUGUAAGAGUAAGUAGUGGAGGUGUUAGAAAAAGAGUAGAGGAGGAGAAAGAUGGAAGAGUUGGAGGGCAUCUGGUGAGAAGAGAAGGUAGAGAUGAAGGAGAAGAAGAGAAAGAAGUUGAAGGGGAAAGAGGAACUGGUGUUGUAGCAGGGAGAAAGAUAAAAAGUAUCGUAGAAGGAGGAGAAUUGAAUACAAAAGAGACUAGAUUUGAAAUGGAAACAAAUGCAAAAGUGGAGGAGGAAACAGCUGGAAAGGCAAUUGAAUCAGGAGUAGGAGACAUUGAGAAAGAACAAAGUAUUCAUGACAGCAGAACUAAACUAGAAUCAAAUAAAAAAGUGAUUAAAACAUAUUUUAUAGGAGUAUUAAGCGCGAAAGAGGGUGGAAAUGAAGAGAAAAUUGAAUCAAAUGCAGGAAAUGAAGUUGAGAAAAUGGAAGUGGGAGAAGAAUCAAGAAUAGGAAAAAUUGAGGAGGAGCAGUUAUUCGUUGGAAGCAGUAAGAAAAUAAUCUUCACCAAGAAGCUAAGAAAAAUCCUAGGUAAUAAAUUGGAUUCCUAUUCGAAUGGCACAUACAUCUUUGAACGAUUGUGUAAUACCAGUUCUAUCUAUAACAAAUUGCAACCUAUAAAAUUUAAUGAAAUCGCCGAAACAAACAAACACAUAACCAAAGAUAAACUAAGAAAACUAAUUGUAGACAAAAGUGUAAAUUUAUAUUUAAACUGUUCUUCAUUGACAAGAGUCUUGUACAACGAUAUAAUUCCUUAUCGACAUAAAAAAUGUAGAUACAACUAUUUUAGACGUGUAACAAAUUCUAGUGUAGAUUUUCUAUUACUGUAUCUUCGGUGUAAAUAUUUGUGGAAUAGUUUUAGAAAAAAAGCUUUAAAAAUGGAGAUUACCAGUGGUGUAAAACAUGGAAGAAUACGCCGUGAUGUGAACAACGAUACUGCUUUGAAAAAUGAUGAGAAAGAUGGCGGAAGAUUGGAUCAUGUUGAGAAGGAGGAGAACAAUAAACAUAGCUACAAUAACCAGAUCAAAAACGCAGCCAAAGCAAGGGUCAAAGAGUUGGGCAAACAGUUACUGUAUAAUAACACGGAACGUCCACGGAAGUUGGAUACUUAUGCAGAGUCAUUGCUGCAUGUCAAUGCAUUGCUGAAUGACAAGUAUGGAUUCAAGAGACGGAAAGUACCUGCCCAUAUGCCCCACCUCAUAGAUCGAACAAUUAUCACCGAACUUCAAGCAACAUUCCUCAAAGAAUUCGAGCAAACGUCGGCUCGAAAAAUUCGCAGCUCCAACGAUAUGCAGUUCGCAUUCUCCUAUUUCUACUUUUUGAUGAGUGAAGAAACUCAUUUGAGUGUGGACCAAAUAUUCGACAUUUUUGAUACUGACAAAUCUGGUACUUGGUCAGACAGAGAGAUCCGAACAAUUCUCACACGUCUCUUUCCGAUUCCUCUGCAGCGUAAUAGCAUUGUUUGGUUUGAACAAGCUCUGAUAAAUUGUGCUGAAAAACAGACUACAGUUGCUGAACCCAUAACUCCUAUGUACGAACGCUAUCUAGGAUCUGUAUUGCCCCUGAUCCCCAAAUCAUUGGUUGUUGAUUGCAAGGAGAUAAGCCAUGUGCUGAAGAAGAAGUUUGGGCACAAGAAGCGAUUUCCCCAUGCUGUGAUGCAACACCAAGAUACAGUCGGCUUCUACAUGGUGGGCUCUAAUCUUAGCGACAUUAUCUUGUCGCUGGAUUCGAUACGAAGCAAACCUAAGAAAUUUAUUUGUCUGAACGACAAUAUGGACCCAAACCGAGCUGAUGACAAUAUGAUAGUAAGGGCAGCUUUGAUUGAUUUCUAUCAUUCCCUGUUUCCAAAGCCAUCUCAAUUUGAACUGCCUGCUCAAUAUGUGAAUCGCUUUCUGUAUUACGACGAUUAUGUGGCCUGGAAACAGUAUCACAGUUUCGUAUCGAAGUGUAUCACAAUGACUUUGAUACUAAUAGGAGGUGCGGCGUUUGUGGUCAUUUUUAAACAUGAGUUGCGUUGGAUGCUAAGGAAACUGAAUAAGACUUGGAAAAGAGAAAAAAUGAUCUCAAGAAAACGUAGUGAAGCUCUCUAUACUUGAACAACGCAUUUCGAAGUUUUAAAACAGUCACUCGAAUAUUUUUUACUAUUUAUUUUACCAGUUGAGUGAGUUUUCUACGAACUAGUCAUGCUUGAUAAAUGUGUAAGUCGAAGCUGUUAUUUUAAUAAUAUUGUGUGAACUAUUUUCAUAAAUAUUAUCAUAAUAUAAUUAAUA